GAAGAGGUUAACCAAUAGUCUCACUACGAUUACAGUACGGCUCCAAUUCGCAUCUCCACACCAUCUAAUCGCUCUUCCGGUAUUGGCCGAACCAAAACCUCCAAAGGUACAAUAUUAGUGUACUUGUUGGUCACCACCAUCGGAACCUCACGGACCAUCUCGGGAACAGGGAAACCACGACGCUACAUGCAUGCAUGUCAUUCUUACCCAGACCUCGACGUCAGGAUUUUAGUAGAGGCAUCAACUUCCCCUCCAACGGUCGUGGAUUCCAUUUCGUCCCCCCAUCUAAGAGCAAUAAUUUCGGCGAGAACAAAAUCAAUAUAUCACAAUCCCGAUCGCCACCACCAUCACCAUCACCAUCACAAACGGACGUACCCUGCUAUAUUUCAUGCCGACCUCUUCACGCCCAUAGCAGACCCACCUGGCGAUCUUACGGUACCCUUUCGGCCGGAAACGAUCAUACAACUGCAUAGCAAGAACGUUCUUCUUGUCUGAAGAUCAGAACUUGCCGAUAUCGCCUCACCUUUACCCCCAAAGACGGAAUUUCUGGACUAGUCGCGCAACGCGGAGCGCUGGCGACAUCACACGGCGAAGCUACAAGCA